AUGACCGCUUUGAUCAAAACUUUGUUCUUGAUCGCGGCCUUGACUUAUGGUGUGGCUUCAACCACCGUCGCAGCUCCUUCUUGUCAAGCGUAUCACUCUGUCGAUGCUGGCGAAUGUCGCAGUGCGCUCGCAUCUUAUCAAACCGACAACGAGGGUUUGAUUAUUCAAAACCAAACAAGUAGUCAAAAAUCCUGCUUUGGAUGUCUGAUCAAAUUUGAAACCAGCUUAGGUGACAAUCUCAGGUUCUCUGCGGAAGGUGCUGAGGAAGCCUUGGUUCUUAUCAUGAACGAGUGUAAUGAAGGGUAUGGCUCUGUCACAAUACCUGAGCUUCUUGUUCCUGGCCGGCGCAUAGUUCCUACAGUACUUUCAGUUGAGGAAGGGUCUGGUGAAAUAUGCAAUUAA